CAAAAGGGCAGUUCAUAAAUCAUAAUGAAGCUUCCCUCUGCUGUAGCUCAAUUCCGGUAGAGUUUUCUUGACUACCAGCAGACCACCGCAACUUCUGCAGCAAGUAUGGAAUCCAACAGAGGCCAGAAUGGAAUUCAACAAUUGCUAGCUGUAGAACAAGAAGCUCAGCAUAUUGUUAAUGCUGCCAGAAAUGCAAAAAUGGCUAGACUUAAACAGGCCAAAGAAGAGGCUGAGAAGGAGAUUGCUGAAUUCCGUGUUCGAAUGGAAAAAGAAUUUCAAAGAAAGGUUGCAGAGAGUAGUGGGGACUCUGGUGCUAAUGUGAAACGCCUUGAGCUGGAAACAGAUGCAAAGAUCCAGAAUCUGAAGGUGGAGGCUGCAAGAAUUUCCCAUGAUGUUGUUCACAUGCUUCUGAAGCAUGUGAAUACUGUGAGGACCUAAAAUCUUGGCUGUACCUGAUGGGCGAAAUAUCUGGAUACUUGCUUUUGCCUGUGUUGCUUCUUCCCUCCUUCCCCUUUUGUCUCUAUUGAGUCUUGGAAUCCCCCUUGGUUAAAAUAAGCUGCUUGUAUUUUCCUAUGUCUUAAUUAUAUUUGUCAGUGAUUGGCUGCCUUUGUUCCUUGGUAUAUUAAACAAUCAAUUAUGUGCUUUUUGUAUUGGUGCUAAAAAUUAAUACUAGUUUCGAUCAAGGGCCUUUUUUGAUGCAA